AUGGCUAAGGUCCUUGAUUUACCGGCUAUUCCACCCUUUUCUGUGUCUGAAACGAGUUCGUUGGCACAACGUUGGGACAAAUGGACGAACUCGCUCGAUUACUACAUUCGUGCUUCGGGCAUCUCCGAUCAAAACCAACAAAAGCGGGCCAUUCUACUUCAUUUAGCGGGUGCAGAAGUACAAGAAAUCUUCGAGACGUUGCCUGAUACUGGCGAGGAUUACAAAACAGCACUCGAGAAAUUGAAUGCACAUUUCAACCCGUGUAAAAACAUAGCUUUCGAACGUCAUGUUUUCAGACAAGCAACCCAACGUGCCGACGAGUCCAUGGAUGCUUUUGUAACUCGCUUGAGAACUCUUGCAAAAACGUGCCAGUUCGAUACAAGUUUAGAGGAAAUGAUCCGUGACCAAGUCAUUUAAAAGUGUGCUUCGAACGCUCUUCGGCGUCGCCUACUACGAGAACAAGAACUAACAUUGAACAAUUUAUUAUCGAUUUUCUCGUUCAUUCGAACUGGCCGAUCGCCAGGCCUUAGAAAUCGAACAAAAGUUUGAAUCAUCCACUCACCUCAAUUCCAUCGAACGAAAUAGAGAUUUUCAACAACCACGGCGUAAUUCUGCGAAGCGUGAAGACAAUAAUAGGCAAAAAUGUGGAAGCGUUUGUUGUGGAAAGGAAAGGCACCGUGCGAAGGAUGUCCAAUGUCCUGCCCUUGACAAAACCUGCCGACGUUGUGGCAAGUCCGGUCAUUUUGCUAGGGUCUGUCGCCAAAAGACCAACAAACCGAAGCAAUACAGGGAGAAUGCUCGACAGCUUGAACAGUCUGACGAUGACUCUUCUGAGAACGAAUUAGAAUGUUUAUUUACUCUCACGGCUCAUAAUGUGCGUCAUCGCUCGGACAGCCUUCAUAUGUUGGAAAUUGAACACAUUCCAGCGAAAAUGCUUAUUCACUCGGGGGCUAGUGUUAACGUCCUUGAUUUCGAGACAUAUCAUCGUCUAAAAGCGCGAAAAGGAGUCCAGUUAAUGCCUUCUACCCUUCGUGUUUACGCAUACGGUUCUACGACCCCACUUAAUAUCCCAGGAACAGUCUCCGGUCGGGUAAAAUUCAACUCUGCAGAAAUCGUGGCCAAGUUCGUAGUGGUACACGACCAAUACGCUGGUUGUCUUCUCGAGCGACAAACUGCCACUCAACUGGGAAUUUUGCGGGUUGGACCUCAAGUUUCGUCCAUCAAUUGUGCAGUAUCUCCCCAUUCCCUUCGCCAACGGUAUCCCAGUGUCUUUGAAGGAGUAGGAAAACUCACCAAUUACCAGCAGAAAAUUUCCACCAACACGAACAACAAACCUGUUGCUCAGACCCCACGUCGAAUUCCCUCCCACGUUCGCAAGCAAGUUUCCGUCAAACUUGAAGAACUCGAAAGGAUGGAUAUAAUCGAGGAGGUCCUGGGCCCAAAACCCUGGGUCUCACCCUUGGUUGUCGUACCAAAAUCUUGUGGUGAAAUCCGUGUCUGCGUAGACAUGCGCCAGGUAAAUACGGCUGUAAUACGAGGGCGGUAUCCCAUUCCCACAGUCGAAGAAAGCCUUCAGGAUCUCAAUGGAGCAGCUGUUUUUUCGAAAUUAGACCUGAAGUGGGGCUACCAUCAAAUUGAACUGGACGAGAAAUCCAGAGAAUUGACCACCUUUACUACUCAUGAUGGCUUGUACCGGUAUAAGCGUCUUAUGUUCGGGAUAUCUGCUGCUCCUGAGAUUGAUCAACAUGCUAUCCAACAAGUUCUACACGGUCUACCGGGGGUUAAGAACAUCUCCGAUGAUAUAAUUGUUUUCGGCAAGGACAAGUAAGAACAUGACAGAAAUCUGCAUGGAGUACUUGCUCGACUUCAAGAACGGGGACUUACGUUAAACAGUGCGAAAUGCAUGUUCAGUGUUUCUGAAAUAACUUUUUUUGGCUUUGAUAUUUCUGCCCGUAGGAUUCGCCCGAACGCCCAGUCAGUCGAGGCUAUUUGUAAUGCCCCAACACCCACGAACGCUUCAGAGGUUUGCAGUUUUCUGGGCCUAGCCAGUUUCUGUCGGCGAUUUAUCCCAGCUUUUUCCACCAUCACUUACCCCCUUUCAGAGCUAACCCGUAAAGCUGUGCCAUGGCAAUGGACCAACACCCAUCAAUCCUCGUUUGACAAACUUAGGAAAAUGCUAACUAGUGACUGUGCCAUGGCCCACUAUGACCCUGCAGCUCCCACCCAGUUACGUGUCGAUGCUAGCCCUGUUGGUCUGGGGGCUAUUUUGACUCGAACGCAGCAGAGUGUGGUGAGACCCGUCGCAUAUGCCAGUCGAACGCUUACCCCAGUGGAACGCCGCUACUCCCAAACAGAGCGUGAGGCCCUAGCAGUUGUUUGAGCUGCGAAAAGUUUCACCUUUACUUAUAUGACACCACCUUUGACUUGCUUACCGAUCACAAACCCCUCGAGGUGAUUUAUAGUCCCACAUCAAAGCCCCCAGCAAGAAUUCAACGCUGGGGACUACGCCUCCAGCCUUACACAUUUCGCCAGCAAUAUUCUCCUGGUGCCACCAACCCUGCCGAUAUAUUAUCUCGCCUGUCCUUGCCAAACACAGUGCGCCGAGAACGGAACAUUGCGGAGGAGUAUAUCCACUACAUAGCCCGCAACGCCAUCCACAAAGAAAUGCCCCUUACUCAGCCAGAGCAGGCUACGGCGCGAGACCCCGUCCUCCAGCGAGUCCACCAGUCAGUCGUCUCGGGUAACUGGUAGAAAACUAAAGAAACAGAUCCCUAUUUUUGCGUUAAAAAUGAACUGACAGCGACAGAGUCCUUACUUCUUUAUGGCUCCCGUAUCGUGGUUCCAGCCAGUCUACAACCUACCACCCUACAACUGGAACACGAAGGCCACCGAGGGAUUGUUCGAACAAAACAGUUCUUGCGAGAAAAAGUCUGGUGGCCUGGGAUCGACAAAGACGUUGAACACUUUAUUCGUUCCUGUAUUUCCUGUCAGGCCCAGUCCUCCCAGUCAUGCCCACAGCCACUUACCAUGACAGAAAUGCCUUCACGUCCGUGGACCGUCUUGCAUGCUGAUCUAUGUGGUCCUUUCCCUAGUGGUGAGUCGCUUCUGGUUUUAGUUGAUUCAUGUUCUCGAUGGCCAGAAGUUUUCAUUUUAAAGAGCACAACUGCAACAGUCAUCAUCAAUCGCAUGAAAUCGUGCUUCGCUGUGCAUGGUCUCCCAGAAGCAAUCGUUACAGACAAUGGACCUCAAUUUGUGGCUGAAGAGUUUGAUUUGUAUCUUCAAGAGCACGGCAUCACACACCGUCGAGUAGCACCUUAUUGGCCACAAGCCAGUUCCGAAGUCGAACGGUUUAACCGCACACUUGAGAAGGCCAUUCGCGCUGCAAAUACCGAAGGAAAAGAUUGGAAAAGCGAGCUCAACACCUUCCUACUCAAUUACCGAGCAACAGCUCAUUGCACUACUUGCAAAUCACCCGCUGUUCUCUUGUUUGUUCGAGAGAUACGCACAAAGAUCCCGUCGUUGAACAACCGUUCGCCAGCUUCAACGUCACCUGUUGUCGACCCCGCCAUUCUAGAGCGUGAUCGUUGUCAGAAAGCAAAGAUAAAGAAGUAUGCGGAUGAGAAAAGACGUGCAGCACCUUCCAACAUAAAGAUUGGUGACAAAGUUCUUUUGAAGCAAGAACGAAAGAAUAAGUUAUCCACAAAAUAUGACCCAGACCCAUAUAUCGUGGUAGGAACGAAAGGCACAAGUAUAUUUCUAAAGAGACGAGCCGAGCCCGAGAUAAUGAGGAAUUCCUCAGCAGUUCGCAAAUUGCGGCCGGAGGGAACAGAUAGUUAUCCACACGAAGCCAAACGGAAACCAGACCAAGUGGUCGAUACAACAGCAAAGCCUAGACCCCAGCGACAGCGAAAACCUCCUGAAUAUCUUGGAUAUGAAAAGUGACAUGCACACAGUCCGGAAGAGUAAGACAGUAUACGAAUUGACAGUUACAAACUCUGACAAUUGAUAUUUAGUUUUGCAUGUUUAUUGACGUUUGGUUAAGCAUUUUCACGUAAAAGAGGGAUGUAGUGUCUGUGACGUCACAGUCACGUGAGGAACACGAGUAGAGACAGAGUAGUGUUAGAGAGAGAGCAUUGUAGUAAACGAGCGAGAGAAUAAAUCCUUAAAGUAUUAUAAUAUAAACACUAUAGUGCUUUCAUUUAUUUUCGUAGCCACCCUCCCCCUUUACCCUGGAUCAGGGAGUAUCCUGUUUAGCUUACGUUACAGCCCGGGUACUCCCUUCCCAUGCAUAUUGUAUUUUAGUGAUAGAUAACUCGGAUCGCCAAACAAUCCUCACUACAUAUAGCUACUUUUAUAUAAUAGCUAACAAUCCAUAAUAUAAACCACGAAACUGCCAUGCUGUCCAGUCUAGAGAACCUAUUCUAUAAUUACCAUCCUGGCAGCUUAGUCAAAUUUUUGCCCGACCCUGUAGAACACGCAUUUGUAGAUUGCAUAACAUCUACCUCAUCCCGAACAGACAAACAGAGUUUUUUACGUACCCUUUAACUUAACUUAACUUUGAUACACAAAAGCUGUACCACAAAACGUACACAUGCCUACUUUGGCUACUUUUAGCAUAGCAAAGAAUUAAAGAAACAAAUAACUAAAUAAGGCUUAUAAGAAAGUUGCACAACGCAAAAUCCCAAACGCCUUGAUCAUGUAUAGAGGUCCAAUUACUUAUCUCUAAAAUAGAAUAUGUACCAGCCUAGACCUAGGCCUUCUAUUUUUAUUAUAUAUAUUUUUAAUAUUCAGCGCUUUUCACAUGAAAAGACUGGGACUAGGUGAUUUGGGGGCGGAGCGGAGGAAGGACACAAGCCUGACGCAAGCGAAAAAAUAGAAGGCCUAGUGGAUUUCCCAACAACAAGGCCAAAACUGCCCUGAAACUGCCCUGAUUGCGAAAUGCCCAAUUAUUGCGUUCUCAAACAGAAUUAUUUGCAACUUAACAGCGAAUUUAAACCGAUACAGGUAAAAUAAACUCAUUUAUAGUAUAAACUUACUAUUUUUAUUUGUAUACACGUCUAGAAAAUCGGGGUUUUUUAUCAUAAAGUUUGAAGCAACACUAUUAUUAUGUUGACAAGGUGAAGCGAAAGCACAAAAUAAUAAUUCUUUUAUUCGCAAGACAAUCUACUGUUUUGCUUUGAAUAACUAUAUUUGCGAAUUGGGAAUGAGGAUUUUGAAAUUAUUGUUCAAACAUUACGAAUAUACCAUUUGUAAACAAUGUACGUUUUUAUAUACAGUACUGUACGAGCUAAUAAUAUAUGUAUCCGUUUUAUUUAAUAAAUUAUAAUUGUAUAUGUGUUUCUAUAUUUUACAAACACAAGACUGCUUCUUGGCAAAAUUGAGAAAAUAUAUAUUAAUGUAGUUGUGUAUAAGACAAAAUUUCAUGAAAGAUUCUACUUUUGGUAUAUAUUUUGACUCAUUUUGUGCUUUCGCUACACCUUGUCAACAUAUUAAAUAAUAGUGUUGCUUCGAACUUUAUGAUAAAAACCCGAUUUUCUAGACGUGUAUACAAAUAAAAAUAGUAAGUUUAUACUAUAAAUGAGUUUAUUUUACCUGUAUCGGUUUAAAUUCGCCGUUAAGUUGCAAAUAAUUCUGUUUGAGAACGCAAUAAUUGGGCAUUUCGCAACCAGGGCAGUUUCAGGGCAGUUUUGGCCUUGUUGUUGGGAAAUCCACUAGGCCUUCUAGGCUUGCUUCCUCCGCCCCGCCCCCAAAUCACCUAGUCCCAGUCUUUUCAUCAACCUCGUACCCAGGCUCUUACCUUCGCACGCCCCCAGCUGCGGAAAGACCCUGGUGCCUGCUGGUCACGUGGCUCCCAGAUUUUGGGUGCUACAAUAAAUUGCUAUUUAGGGAGGGGUGGUAGAAAUGAUUUGUACGUAUUGAAAUUGUUUCUGAAUUUGUAAAAUAGUAAAAUUCUAACUCUACGAGACAAUAAUAAAAAGAUUUUUCUUGAAGAAAUGUUAAAAUAACAGAUUAAUCAUGUGUUGCAGCCGAAAGAGUAUCAUAUUUCUCUCAAGGAUUACAAAUAUCUCAUAUUUCACUGUCACUAUAUCGAUUAUCGGCUUAGCAAAAGCACGCCAAAUAAAUUUUACAAAAAGAUCUCCUGGAUCAACUUUAAAUAGUUCUCGUUGUCGAUUAUAUAAUGGUGUACAAGAUCAGAUACAUUGUAAGAAUCUCUUCAACAAAACAAAUUAAAGAAUUUUGAAUAACACGGAGUUGAUUCAUGGCGAGAAACUGCCGCAUGUUGAUGAUUUUCCGUAUUUGAUCUGCCGAUCGAGUGCCGUCCUUGUGAACGACGAUUAAAUAAUACGAUUUCGUUCAAGAAUGUAAUUUCCGAAACACAGAAUCAUUAGUAAAAGAUUCCCGAUCCAAGCGAUGCCCUGAAGUUUCUCUAUCCGUUGCCUGCAGAUCUUCGGCAAAUGUUGCUGCAGUUGAAAGUCGAAGGCGCAGUUUGGCUUUUAUACUGACUUUGUCAAUGUGUCCUCCUCGAGUGAUGAAACUAGAUCUGCUACACCUUUAUCUGCUACACCUUUACCCAUGCCAAUAGAAGUAAGUCAAUUGUUUAUGAAUAUCAUCCACCAAUAUACUUUACCGCAAUUAAUAAAUAUAGUAAUCCAUAUACGUAUGUUUAAUAGUAAUCCCCAUUUUAACCCAAAAUGUGCAAUCCAAUUGUGAUUUCUCCAUGCCCAUGGAAUAUUUUUUGCGAAUAUUUAUAGAAUGGCAGACGCGCGAAGGCCAGUUGAUUUCAGUCAAGAUAUUUAAUCUUGUAUCAGUGAAUUCAGGGGAAACACAACUAUAACAAUACACGAACCGUCCUGAGUAGAUAUCUCAAGUGAUUUCCAUGGAGAAAGAAAAUCGACUUGUUUAUUAAAUAUGAUCUUGCAAACAACAACAAUGGGUCAGAUGGAAAAUCAGAGACUUUCCAUAUUACCCGUUGGCAGGAUACAAAUUAUUAAUAACAUCUUUUGUCGAAUAAAUAAUAUACGUUUAAUUAAGUACAUUUAAGAGUUUGUUAAGGCCCGUUUACACGGGCAAAUUGCAAAUUGUGACAAAUUUAUUGUGACAAAUACAUUUGAACAAAAGCUAGCAUGCUAGCUUUUGAUCAAAUGCAUUUGAUCAAAUGAAAUUUGCCAAAUAAAAUUUGCUCGUGUAAACCGGCGGGGUUUUACAACAGUAUUAUUUGAAAGCCCUGCACAGUUGUUUUGAUGCAGGACCCAAGAACAUGGAGAUCUGUAUGUUAAAUUGUGACUCUUGUCGAAGUUAGAACACAACGUUAUCAAUCGUGUAAUUUAACCUGGCGAAAUUGAAUAAAUAAAUAAAUACUUUCCAAACAAAGAACUUGCUUAGUUGCUUCGGCUUCAGUACAGUAUGUUGUUAUGAUAUGCACUAUUUAGAACAACGAAUUCCAAACAAGCAAGAAAUGCAAUGAAACUCGAGCAUCUCCGUUCGAGUCUCCGUUGAAAUUAUCAACUUUGCUUCUAUGGCCUGGCAGCAUGUGAAUGACAAAAAGAACACAAACGCGGGCAUAAUUGGCAAUUUGACACGAAGUAUUCAAUACAAAUUAUACACUGACAAAUUGCGAUAUAAAGUGCUCUCAAAUUACACUUUUUGCAAUUCAAACCAAUACGUCCGCUCCUUGCCAACGAAUUUUACUAUUGGAAAGUGGAAGCAUUGUAAUUUAGAUUUGUCCAUCCCUCCCUUGGUAAAUUCAUAUCCUGGGAGCCACGUGACCAGCCGGCACCAGGGUCUUUCCGCAGCUGGGAGCGUGCGAAGGUAAGAGCCUGGGUACGAGGUUGUCUUUUCAUGUAAAAAAGCGCUGAAUAUUAAAAAUAUAUAAAUAAGACUAGAAGGCCUAGGUCCAGGCUGAAUAUGUACGUGGUAUUGACGUUUAAAUUGCAGUGAAUUG